AUGUCGACCGAGAAGGAAAAUCAAACACUGGUCUCAAGACCAGUCGAGACCACAAUGAAGCCCGGGGCUCAUCUUGCGAAUCCUGCUCCAUUGGCAAUGGGUGGUUUCGCUACCACUCUGCUAUCUGUCUCAUUGGCAAUGAUGAACUUCCGUGGCGUCACUUCGCAAACAAUGUUCAUGGGUGAUCUCUGUUUUGUAGCAGGGAUUGGUCUACUUAUCUCAGCACAAUGGGAAAUGGUUCGCGGCAACACAUUCUCUUACACAGUACUUUCUGCCUACGCCUUGUUCUACGGUGGCUACGGAGUGCUUCUGAUCCCGGCAUUGGGUAUUGCUGAUGCAUAUGGUGGCUAUACUCCCGAAUACCAUAACGCUCUCGGGUUUUUUGUGCUUCUCUGGGCGGUCUUCAACCUUUUUUUCUUGUUGGCCAGCUGCACUCUAAACAUUGUAUACAUCCUCCUAUUCCUCACACUCGAGCUUUGUCUCAUUUUCGACGCUGCAUCCAGCUUCGUUCUGGCGGAUGGGUUCGUUGAGAAAAGUGCAAAUCUCAUGACGGCUGCCGGUGCUUUCGCCUUCGUCUCCAGCUUACUCGGAUACUACUCUGUCUUGCAUUAUUUGUGUGAAGAUGCUCUACCAUUCUCAGUCCCCAUGGGCGAUACCUCUCGGGCUUGGAAACGCUGGUGCAAGAAGUCAACCUCGCCUAGCAUGAAGAGCGAGGAGGACAUGGCGUGA